AUGGAAGAGGACCGACUUUGGAAGUUCUCCAAGCCCGAGUGGCUCAACAGCAUCUGGGCUCGCAAUGCCGGUAUCUACGCGGCCGGAGGCCUGUUCUCCCUCGCUUUUUACACUAUGCUUGACGCCGCCGUGUGGUCCAAGUCGGCCAAUAACGGGUCCGACAUCCACGUCAAGUUUGUCGACUGGUUGCCGCUCGUCUUCUCCUCGCUUGGCAUGCUCAUUAUCAACUCGGUCGAGAAGCAGCGUCUAAGCGCCGACUCGUUUAGCUACAGCGGCUCCGGCGUCGCCUGGAAGGCCCGUGUGGUGCUGUUCUUGGGUUUUGCGGCCCUGGCGGGCGGCAUGGCGGGCGGCGUCGCCGUGUUUGUCCUCAAGUACAUUGUCCCGAGUGUCGGUUUCCCCGCGCUAGGCAUGGGCGUCGAGACGCUGACCAGCAACGCCCUGGUGGGCGCCAGCACUGUCGUGCUCUGGAUCACCCAAAAUAUGGAAGAUGAAUACUCGUACAACCUAUCGCUUUAA